UUGGCUGUAGAUACUUUUACGACGUUUCUUUGUUGCAUUAAAUGCCACCUUAUCUCACAACAUUGGAGCUGGACGAUUUGUUGUAGCCUAUUAUUAAUUGUAGGCCUAUUUAUUAGCCUAUUUUAUAUAAAAUUAUUAGUUUUACUUUGGAAAAUUCACACAGAGGCCUGAAUGCACACACUUGCACACCUCCUGGUCUCAUUUCAAAGGUCAGAGGCACAUUCUUUGCAGGGGAUGCUGGUGUGGACGGGUUGAUCCACUAAUCGCAGGUAUUGUGGCUGGAGGAAGAAGCAAGGGCCGCAGAGAAGUAAUCAUCGGUCGUAGUCAGACCGUAGUCAGAAAUCGGUACUAUUUCGUUGUGUAAAACAUUAUUUACUCACUGUAAAUAUCUGUUGAGGCAGCUUUUUUGAAAGUGGGCUAUGUGCAUGGAGUGAAAGCCCUGCAGUUUUUUUUUUUUCGUGAUUUCAUCCAUCAGCAGCAUCGUGCGCGUCGGUGCGCCUCACUGACCCACAGUCGUCUCAUCUCUGUCGGAUCAUGUGGAUUAUUUGGGUGUUUAUUCUGGCAGCGGCGGGUCCUUAUAGGAGCUGGGGAUGUCAGCUGCCCCGCGACUGGAGACCGCAGACAGAAGCGUGCCGUGCCGAGCUAGCGGAGAUCAUAGUCUUUGCCAAGGUGUUGGCACUGCACAAGGAGUCUUACAAUGUGUAUAACGACCUGCCGUCCGACACCGAGCUGCUUUUCUCCGCCGAGAUUGAGCUGCUGUGCGACCAGGCGUGGGGCAGCAUGCUGGAGGUCCCCGCCGGCUCCAGGUUCAAUGUCACCGGCCUGGGCUACUUCACCUGCUUCUCCUACAGUGUCACCAAAAACAACAACUACUACUUCUUUCUAAGGAUGGAUGAGAACUACAACAUUAUCCCUCAUGGAGUGAACUUCCAGGACCCCAUCUUCCCCGACACUGCAGAUAACCACCGCAUGUUUGCCAGCCUUUUCCAAUUUGCCAACUGCACGUCUGGUACCCAGGUUCACAGCUACGCCCCGGAGUGGGAGGCUCAGGAGGACAGUAGGUUGUUGUGCUCUGCGGUGCAGAAGGCUCUGUUUGAGGAAGAGGAGAGGGUCUGGACUCUCUCCCAGAAGGUGCGCUCCCUGGAGAAAGCCAACGACCACCUGAGGGAAAAGGUGAAGACCAUGAAACGUCUGCUACGCCAGGCCCAACGAGAAACAACAAAGGAGCAGCAGAUCCUUAGCCUCAAACAGCUCUACGAGUCAAAGACGGCCCAAACUCACCCCGAUCAGGACACUACCCAGGACCGGAGGAUCCAGCCACUAAAAAAGGCCCUCUCCAAGAAGUUAAAAAACUAGAGUACAAACAGUGGUGAUCAAUUUAGAGUAACACCAUAGACCUUAAUUGUAAUUUCAUUACAUUCUCCAUGUCUUCAACUUAAUUACAGUAAUAAGCUUACUUCAAAAGGAACAUACCAAGUUUCAAGAAACAUCACCUGCACAACCAAAUUUGGCCAUUUUAUUUGUCCAGUUUUAUUUCCUGGUAAAAUUGAAUUGUGCCAUUGAGACUGUCACCUAUAAAGAGAGCACAUCUACUAUUUACAUCCUUAUCCGUAUACUAAGUACUCUGUGUGUGUGUGUGUGUGUGUGUGUGUGUGUGUGUGUGUGUGUGUGUGUGUGUGUGUGUGUGUGUGUGUGUGUGUGUGUGAUUAACUGCCUCUGAGAUAAAUGAUUUAAAUAGUUUCACAGGAGUAAGAAAUCUUCAUCUAAAUCUCCUCAACUCUUAUUUCGCCCUAUUAGUCCAAUAUGAUAGUUCUGUCUGAAUAACUGUUCAGACAGAACCAACUUUUACCUUUGUCUUUUAUUAGUUUAAUUCAGUGGCAGCACAAACAUUUUCAAAACAUCGGACCGAGCUCUGAGCUGGCUGAUGCACUGUUGAACAAUGUGAGGACAAUGUUAAAGCAUUGAAAAUUGAAUAUGUUGUUUCUUUCUGUGCUGGACACAUUAUGCAUUGUAUAAAUAUUAGAAUUAGUUUCUCCCUCAUCAGGAAUACUAUCAUCAAAAUGCUCCAAAUCAACCAUCUUUUAAUGGUCCAUACUUGGACAAGGUGAUAUGAACAUGUCAAUGUCUUUCUCAUAAUGCUCCGACUGUGUAUGUGAGCGUAUAGUUACAGAGAAGCAGUUGUGUCAAAGUUUAAAAAGCUGCAAGACCUUACAUUAUGUCACAUCAUACUUUUCUACCUUUGCCUGCUUUUCAUUUACUUGCAUAAUUUAUACCCAAGAAACUAUCCCAAAGUGUAUGAUUCUUUAAAUUCAGUGAAUUGUUUCCCAAGAGUGCCUUUUUUUCCCAAGUUCUUCCUUUAUGCAAGUCUGUUCAUACACAUUGUAUUGAAUAAAAGUGUAUUUUUUUGUAUUUGAAAACAGAGUGCUGAGCACUCAUUAAAUCCAGCCAGUGAGCCUGGCGUGGUACAGGAUUGGCUUUUUCUGUGUCAGAAAUGAAAGUUUUGCAUUUAUUAUAAUUUCUGUAUUUGCUUCUAUUAUGAUUUUGCUUCCUCUAAACUAUAAACAUAUGGUUUGCUUUGCCAAUAGCAUAAUGUGUGUAACACAUGUAUUGUAGUUUUUUUUUUUUCAUAAAUAAAUGGACUUUUACAAAACUU